UGUACUUUAUGGAUAUAUUAUUGAAAUAUUCAGAAUGUACGCGACUGGUACAUAUUUGUUAUUAAACUUACCGCCAUCUAAUCAUAACUCGCAAGAGGGCGAAUGGCUAAAUAUAACUCGGGAUCUCGCGAGAUCCUGUAAAUAAAUAGGGCGGUGUUUUGAACGUAAAGCUUUUCAACAAGUUCUUGUUUCACCUUGCCCUAAUGAGUCUUGGUAAUAGUAAUAUGUCUAAUUUCUAGCGUAUAUUGAAAUACAAAAUGGAUUUACAUGAUGCGCGUGAUAAAGGUGCAGACAGUAAACAGCGCUUAGAGUGUGUUCCGGCGUAUACCGACGCUCACGCUGACAAUGAGGUGUUCUUCGGACCCGUCACCGAGAGGGAGCAGAAAGUCGCGAGUCGCUACAAGAAGCGCCGGACGGAGAUGUACAUUGUCGGCGGCAACAGGAGGAAUCUCGCCGAACUCUUUCGUUUUGAACGCGAUGACGGCGACACGUCGAAAUGCGGCAGCGAGGAGUCCGACUCUGAGUCCCAGACGGCAGAUGCGCCGUCGAUGCACCAUAGCUGCUCCCCCGACGAGCGAGGCGGCACAACAGAGAGAACCAGCAGCAUGUCGACCUCCGAUUGGGACAGUAGCUCCUGUUCGUUUUCUCAUAAUCACGCAUUGCUGGUGGUGAGCGCUGCCAGCGACACGCUCAACGAAGAAACGAUUCUGGAGAAGGAUUCAAAGCGUGUAUCCGGUGAAGAUCUCGUUCGCACUGCUAACGACGACGUGGAGUUCGAAAAUGAUUUCGAUAGACCCACGUCCGUGCAAGUGCAUAAUUCGUCUCAAUCAAUGCCGACGGAAACCAACACGGCUGCUUCUCUGUCGACAGAGGCAAGUGCGGUCUUAAGUUCUGGCACGCUCGCAACCUCAAUUGCGUCAGAAAACUCGCGACAGUCGGACGUCGUCUCGAAUGCGGAUAUAACUUCGAGUAACGAUUCCUCGUGUGCCGCUUCUGCCGCCGAUUCUUCGAGUAGUGACACCUCUCGCGCGGAGGAUGCCUCCUCUGCCGUCGUCGGCCGCGCGUCGAAGACGUGCACUAAUACGACCGUUUCUUUCGUGCUUAACGAGAUGGUGAGUGUGCAAGCGGUCGCUGCUACCCGGGUUCUCGGCCAUGUUGGUUGCCACGCCGACCGAGCGUGUCCUGCUAUUCCCGAGGCAGAGGAAACGAAUCUGAACGAGAGGCAGUCGGACGAUCUUGGCACGGAUGAAGCACCGGAUGAUGGCAGAGAGACGAGCCUCACUACUGCAGAGCCACUGAAGCAGCGUCUGGAAUUCAAUGUCGAUAACGAACAGAAGUACGCGAAAGUUGAAUUGCCUUCAGGUGUGAAUAAUGUGAACCAAGGCGGAGAUCAAGUAAAUCGUCUGAUGCGCAGCGAAAUGUUAUCGCCGCGCAUAGAAUUUUUGCAAAACAAAGAAAACGUCGCUUCGUGCAAAGAUGAAGACGUCGUUGACUGGACUGGGAAGGAAGGCGGGAAUGCAACGAGACUACACAUUGACCGAACCCCACGUCCUGCUUUAAACCCCAAUUCUGUCCGGCAAGACUUUGACAUCAAAUUAAAAUGCUCACCAGCGAGCGCCUUUCGGGUUUUCAGCAGCCCUUUCAGUCCUGCAAAGAAGUUUUUCCCAUCGCUUUACGAAAAGACCAAAGACGCGGCGCAGCGUGACGAUGACUUCCUCUCCCCCGCCCAUCGCAGCCCUCUGGUUAACGCCGCUCCGACGCACAUCGAGCCAAAUGCAUGCACUCCGUCUCUUGCCCAAACCAGUGAAACUCUAUCGAUCCGCGACGACGGGGUGAGUGUGGCAGCGAGAGUGAGCCCGCGAUCUGCCUUCUUCUCAAAGAUAUUUAGUCCCGAUUCGUCCGCCGUCGUCGCGGAUUCACUUGAGCGUGAUGUCGGCAGGGUGAUGUUCGCGUAUCCUGCGGUCACGGUGUGCGUGAACGACACCGACAGUGAUCGCCACGGCGACGCGGCGGUGGAUUCGUGCGAGCACGACGACAGCACGCACGUCGGAAGGGUGAUGUUUGCGUAUCCCGCGGCGACGGUGAGCGUGGAAGACGCCCACGACGAUACCAACAGAGGUCGCAGCGACGAUGACCUUGGUACGAAUGGAGGUCGCGACGACGACUGUAACACGGAUCGAUGUCAUGGCGAUGAUAUCGACAUGGACGCAGGUCGCAGCGACGACCUUGGCCUUGACAGAUGUCAUGGGGGUCGCGGGGACGCGCUGGGGGAUGAGAUCGUGACGGUGGAGGCGAACGACGUAUUUGACGUGUCCGACACGAUGUCGCAGGGCGACGACUGCGACGGCGAUGGCGGCCACGCGUGGAACGUUCCUCCCGAGCUGAUCCCGUCACUGUCCAGUCUCUCCUGCAGCGACGAUACCGCUAUCUCUUCCUCCUCCUCCACGGAAUCCGGCGAUUGGGCUCCACCCCCAGGGAUCACACUCAGAGUCACCUCCGAUAAUUCCCGGCGUAUCAGCCCCGCUCAAUCCCCAGGGAUCACACUCAGAGUCACCUCGGAUAAUUCCCAGCGUAUCAGCCCGGCUCAAUCCCCAGGGACCACACUCACCUCGGAUAAUUCCCAGCGUAUCAGCCCGGCUCAAUCCCCAGGGACCACACUCACCUCGGAUAAUUCCCGGUGUAUCAGCCCAGCUCAAUCCCCGGGGAUCACACAUGCCUCCGCCAAUUCCCGGUGUAUUAGCCCGGCUCUAUCCCUGGGGACACACGAUAAUUCCCAGCCUGCGAGUGCCUCAUUUCUUUCCGGAAAUGGACGCCACGCGGGCACCGGCUUAACCAUUGAAGCGGGGAGCGGCGGCAGCAACAGUUUCACGCUGUUUCCGCCACUGCCUACUGUGGAGGUAGUCGUGACUGAGCACGGCGGCUUGUGUGAACCCACGUCCGCAGAGAUGAUGCAGGAGAAGACGGACAGCGCCGAUAACCAGCCGCAGGUGUCUCCUCCAGUGUGCUCUCCUCUGCUAACAAUGCUCGAGAAAAAGAAAGCCGAGUUACAGAGACUGAGAGCAGACAGAGAAAAACUUCGGGAAGUCGUGACAAAAAAGAAGCAACGCAAGGGUCCCGCUAAAAAGACACCAAUAAAGUCGGAGGGUGGAGCUCGUGCAUUUGGAGACAGGUGGUCCACCCAGAAAAAACAGGAACUUGAUGGAAUUGGCAUGCUGCAACUUUCGUCGAGAGAGUGGGACAAGGUUGUGAUAUGGAAUACUGUGCAGAACAGUCAGGCGCAGACAUGUAACGUGGCAGAGGACCCCGCUCUGCUGAGAAAGACACCGCUCGUUAUCAGACAUGCGCCAGCUGUGGAUGGUAGAAUGCACCCGACCCGGCUGAAGUGGGCAGAUGAACUGGUGACUAGCAUAUCUUCAAUGUGCAGUCCUAAUGAUGCCGCUCCAUCAUGCAAAUCUAUCCUCAUUAAGGAGCACGAGAGACGAACCAAGAAGCUGCUACUACCAGAAAUCGUUCUCGAGUCUCCAAUGAUUAUGAAGAAGAGUAAUACUCUAGGGUAUGAUUCACCCCAGAAUGACACCUGUUCCAUCCCACGUGCAGUGGAAAAUAGCAAGUUGCCAUUCUAGCACCAGGAGCGUUUGUAGGAAUGAAUCGCAGCAUCAGGAUGACGGCACGUUCGCUCCGAUAUGCGACCCGCUCCAGCAUAAUACGGACUAAGUCGCAAGUCAUUGUUUUGAGUUAUGAGCA